AUGGGAACCCCAAAGCCUCGGAUCCUACCCUGGCUGCUGUGGCAGCUGGACCUGGAGCAGCUGGAGGGCGUGGUCCGGGUGGACCAGAGCUGCAGGCACCUCCACAUCCCUUGGAAGGACAUUUUGCAGCCGGAUGCCCAGCAUCCGCAUCUCCCAGCCUGUGCCAAGGUCACCCCUGGGAAAGACAAGCCCCACCUGCUGACCCAUAAGAGGAACUUCCGGUCCUCCCUGCACCCAAAGAAUGUUGCAUUCAGCAGAGGACAGACCAAGGACCUCCAGGACCUGCAUGAGAGCUACGAGUUUGUGACCUCCGGGGUUGGAGACUUUCCUGAGGCAGAAAUCUCUCUAGACCCAAAGGCUGAUGCGGGAGCCUGGCAGCCACUCUGGGCCCAGAGGCUGGGGCACUACUGGACCUGGGCCCUGGGCAAGAGCUCCUCCCCCAGGGAUAGUCACCAGCUUGAUGGUGAGGUCCCCAAGGACGAGGAGGGGGGCACAUUCAACCUGGUACCUUUUGUGGCAGAUCUGAUAAUCUUCAUGGAAGGAAGUGGACCCUUAGCAUCUACAGACUACGGUUCUGUGGGGGAGUCAUGGUCCCAGUGCCAGCUGUCAAUCAAGAGGCUCCUGAAGGUCAAGGUUGUUCCCAUGUGCCUCAACCUGCCAGAUAUGGCCCAGUUAGGGGGUACCUCCUCCCUGGAGCAUAGCAUGUGCCUGCACAUUGCCAAUAGCCACCCACUCUUCCUCACCUUGGGCCAGUACAAGGCUUACCUUUACCAAGACCUGGUCAAGGACAUGGAUUUCUAGGUCACUAGGGAAGCCUGAGCCCUUGGCUCCUCACAGAGAUGGGCCCUUCCCCCGUCAUCUCAACCAAUAAACGAAUUCUUGCAACAGUCCCAAAAGACCCUCAAACAAAAAGCAAUGUAUAGAGAGUAGAAAACCAUACUCUGAUACUGGCCCAUAAAAU